AAGAAAAACAAAAUUGCACGUUCUAAGGGGAUCCAUGUUGCUCGAGAUUGUGCCUGAUCCGUGAACCGGAUCUUGGACAAGAUGUUAAUAUUCUCACCCUUCUGUGCUUAACAAGGAGAUGGUUGGAUUCCGGCAUGGGCGACGAUUAUUACAGUGUCCUGGAAGUUGACCGGAACGCGACGCCAGAGGACAUACGCAAGGCAUACAGGCGCCUUGCUCUGAAAUGGCACCCUGACAAAAAUCCAAACAACAAGGAAGAGGCUGAGUCUCGUUUCAAAUCCAUCUCUGAAGCCUACGAAGUGCUCUCCGAUGAAAGCAAACGGCGCCAGUAUGACGUGUACGGGAAUUCAGACUUUCGUGACUCACAGCAUUCCGAUACAUCAGCGCGGUACAGUGGCGGAGGGUACGCGUUUACCUUUCGUGACCCCGAGGAGCUGUUCCGCGAGUUUUUUGGCACGUCCGAUCCUUUCCAUGACCUUCUUCGAAACAUCCAGACAGGAUCCGGUUCCCAACCAAGGGGCACAACAGUUAUGACGGGUAUCCCAGGUGGGCUUCCUUUCUUCCAACCGACAUGGGCCACCCUGCUGAGACCAGGGUACCUUUUCGACCUGGACGACAUGCUUUUUCAAGGGGGCUGCAGAGAAAGUGGAGGGAACGGAGGAAGACACCCGCCUUUCUCCGGUGCCCCAACGCAGACAAUGACGUCGAUCCGGUACGUUAACGGCAAGCGAAUCGAAACGCGCACAGUCAUUCAGGACGGGGUGAAGACUGUCCUGUGCUUCGAGGAUGGGCAGCUAGUGUCAAAGACAGUAAAUGGGGCUCAACAAGAAAUCGUGGCCGAACAAGACCAACAGUUAAACCCGGUCAGGGCACCCGGAUCGAGGACUCCAGACGUUACGGACAAUGCACGUCCGACCUCAAGUGGAAACGCAACUCCGGCUACGUAUGGCACGCACGAGCAAGGUUCUCCCGCGAAGGGCCGGACCCCUGGAACUCAAAAAUCGGCAAGCGAUAAGCCUGGAUUGCAUCAAAAUCAAAGCCUCAAGGUCGCCGGAACAAAGACGCCAUCCAAGGGUGCACGUUCAAAUAAAAGUAAGGGUCACGCGGGCAAAGCAGGCAGCCCGACCAAGAGCAAAAAAGAUGACAAUCCGAAGGGUACCAAGAGGCAGGGGAAGAACGUGUAAAGCGCAUUUUCACUGAGAAUAAAUGAGUCGAAGGUCUAGUAAUA